AUGGCCUUAUAUAUGAGGUUCAUUGUUUCUGUUUGUCUUCUAGUUGAUAUUGUUGUUGAUAUUGUAGCAUCUAUCAUGCAGGAAGGAUGUUGUGAGGUGGUGCCACCGCCAGAAGGCAGUGAGGAGCAGCGAAGAUUUGAGCUGAAGCGCUGGUACGCUGUUGCGCUUUGGUCUUGGGAUAUUCAAGUGGAGACAUGUGCCAUUUGUCGUAAUCAUGUAAUGGAUCUUUGUAUUGAAUGUCAGGCCAAUCCAAGUCUUUCUCCAACGGCAUGCAACGUUUCAUGGGGAGCGUGUAAUCACGCCUUUCAUACUCAUUGUAUAUCUCGUUGGUUAAAAACAAGAAAUGUUUGUCCCCUGGAUAAUAAGGAAUGGUCGUACCAGAAGCUAGGUGCGUAA